AUGAAGUACGCUACCUCCAUCCUCAUUGCCGCUUUCGCUGCUACCAACGUCCUUGCCCACGGUGUCAUCACUGAGGUGCAGGGUGCCAACGGUGUCACCCUUCCCGGUCUCUCUGUUGCCGACGGCACCCCUCGUGACUGUCCCACUCCCGGCUGUGGUUCCGAGGCCGACACUUCCAUCAUCCGCAACAAGGAGCUCGGCACCUCCAAGGCCAGCGCCCUCGGCCGCACCAACGGUGGUGGUCCCGUCGACGCUGCCAAGAUGGUCGCCAUCUUCAUGGACGGUGCUGGCGGCAACAGCUCCUCGACCAAGGCUGCCCGUGCUCUCCACGCCGAGAACAAGGCCCGCUACGCCAAGCUCGCCGUUCGUGCUUCCAACGGCGGGUCCAAGACCCCCAAGGGUACCAGCGAGACUGGUGUCAAGGCUGCCACUGGUGCCGCCUCGGACGGAAUGCCCACCACUGCCGACGACGGCACCCUGACCAUGACCUUUCACCAGGUCAACCAGGACGGUGCCGGUCCCCUCAAGGCGGCCGUCGACGCCACCUCUGGCGGCACCGACCCUUCGGCCUUCAAGGAGGCCGAGGUCACCCAGAACGUCCCCGGUAUUGGCAUUGGCGGUCUCUCGGGCGCCACCACGACCGACUUCCCCGUGGCCAUCCAGAUGCCCGCCGGCAUGACCUGCCAGGGCUCCGUCGGCGGUGCCGAGAACGUCUGCAUUGCCCGCCUCCAAAACUCGGCCCUGGCUGGUCCCUUUGGUGGCUCCGUCGCCUUUACCCAGAGCUCCGCUGCCAAGAAGCGCGCCAUUGAGUACAACCUGGCCAAGAAGCGUUUUGCCCGCGGCCUCGAGUCUAGCCAGUAA